GUCAUGCUCAGAUUACUGUAUCACGUGACUUCUGUCGGAAGCGUCGGCUGGGUGCUGCUGGUCACUAUCAUAGCAUUACUACAUUGACAGAUCAUUUGGCCCAGUCAAGCAGAGGCGUGAGCGCAGUGUGGCGUAGCCGUCGAACAGCCAGGUCAUGUCUUUAAAGAUGGAGAUGGAUGUCAGUGGCGUGUCCAGGGCACCCAUAUCUGUUCUACCUGCUGCUGCGGCGGAGGAGGUGAAGGCCACGCUGAGGCCCGAGGCGGAGCGUCCGCGCUGCUCCAGCACCCCCUGCUCGCCCAUCAAAAGUACUGUCUCAGGGUACCAGAUCCUGCACAUGAACGCCAACUACCUGGUGGGCUUCACCACCGGCGAGGAACUGCUCAAGUUGGCCCACAAGUGGUCCGACGCCGGCCCAGAGAACCCCACCACCCCCGAGGCCUUGCCGGCGAGCCCUUUGCGGAGGCCGCUGGAUGUGGGCCUGCAUCGGGCCUCGCGCAUCUACAAAGCCAAGAGCCGCUACUACCAGCCGUACGACAUCCCCGCUGUCAACGGGCGCCGGCGGAGACGCAUGCCCAGCUCAGGGGACAGCUACCUCAGGCCGACAGGCUCCGGGGGGGCCGGGACGGGCGCCGGCGAGCCCAGCAAGGCCCUGCACGGGCCCCUGCCUCUGUGCCUGCUCAAGGGCAAGAGGGCACAGUCCAAGUCCCUGGACUACCUCAACCUGGACAAGAUGAACCUAAGGGAGCCGGCCGCGGACACUGAGGUGCUGCAGUACCAGCUCCAGCACCUCACCCUGCGCGGGGAGCGUGUCUUCACCCGCAACAAGACAUGAGGGGCAGGCUAGUGGGCGAGGAGGAUGGGGGGGUGGGGGUGGUGGGUCAUGGAGCCGGCCUGAGCAAACAGUUGUUCAGAGGGUCCUGGUCGCCCUUCUCAGCUCUUUGCGUUGCCCCUCUCCCGUCCCAGGCCAUUUAAGACUCCUUGGUCCCUACCGUUACAUUAUGCACUGUUCAACUGGAUGGGUCGACCGCUGCGGGACUAACUUGACCCACUCUGUCAGUACGUCAGUCUGUGAACCGAUUCAAACUGGAAACUCAACUAUCUUGAUCUUAAAUUAUAAAAAAAGGGGGUUAUUUAACAAGAUGGGUGGGAAAAAUAAAAAAAACAUGGAGGUUAGCAAUAAAUGGUAUGCUUCAACACUGCUACUGUUGUAUGUGUGUGUAUGCGUGCUCCAGUCAAAUAUAGCCAACCGUUUUAAACUUGUCAUUGGUUUUGGUUGCAUUAAGAUGGCCACUGUUGCAGAGCUGUGUGUGUGUGUGUGUGUGUGUGUGUGUGUGUGUGUGUGUGUGUGUGUGUGUACGCGCGCUCUGUGUCACAUUGCACACAUGGCUCAGACACUGAGAAGUCCUCAACUCACUCAAACCAUCAUCGAGGGACCCACAUGGCUCACCUGUUCUUUCGAGUAUUAGCCUUUUUCACAUUUUUAGCAUCAGCCCCAUCGUAACAAUCUCAGCGUGUGCGCUUACCUCUCCUGUAACUUGCCGGCACGUUUUGUGUGUGACGUGGCGCUGUUUUUAUGUACUACACACGACUGUUACACAAUCGCUGGGGUGGGGUUAUUUUAAAACGUUGAGGAGGAUUUGUGCAGUGGAGGCUUAUCUUUAGAAAACCUUGAGGUACAUUUAGCUCCUCUCUCACUCGCACUGAAUAAAUCUCCUUAUGCCUUUUAAGGAGCGCCUGACAUCCAGACGGAUGAUGUUGGGAUUAGGUAUUCCAGUGUCUCUGUGAGAGUCUGUGACCGUCCUCAUCGGUUUUUGUUUGGGUUUUUUGUAUGUUCGGUUCCUCAUCAUCAGACCAUAGGGUACAAUGCAAUCCUUCGAGCUCCCGAUCCAGAUUUCUUUUCUCUCUUUCUCUAAUGAUCACACUCUCGCUACAUAUUGAGACGCUGUAUGUUCGUGCUUUGCCACAGAAACCAAAGGAUGAGCUAAGGGUGCCCUGGGAAAACUUGAUAUAAUUUGAUUUUUGAUUUUUGUUUAUUUGAACUGCUUAGGACACCAGACAAUCAUUUACCAGGGUUUCUACCCUACUUGAAGUACGGAAACAGUUUUCCUGGUAGGACAUUAGUUCAGGUAAUAAUCCACAUUUACUGGGCCAAUGAAAGAAUGCUCUCUCUGAAAACCAUCCUUCCAUUUACCUGCCUUUUUUAUUUUCAUGUUUUGUUUGAAUUGCCAUGUCAUUUUAUUUGGUUUGAAAGAAACAUGUUUUAAAAGAACGGGACUAGUCCAACACUAUUUUACCUUUUUUUUUUUUUUUUUUUUAAUUGUGGUUCAGAUAAGAAUUUGGUAAGCUAAGAAUAACUCUCUGUGAUAAACCUCGCUGGUUAUACAGUGCUUCAAACCAUUGAAAUGAAAGACACUGUUGUGUGAACUAGACGCUGAAAGCACCUUAGCCCCUUUCAGUUGGUUGUUAAUGUGCAUCUUGGUAGGCCUCUCCGGCACCUUUUGGGGGAUUGAUUUGGUAUCAGUAGUGCAGCUGAAUGUCGACUUUAAUGUAACAGUUAUGUGUACUUUAACUGGAAAUGUUCUCGGGGGGGGAAACAAGACUGUUGUCAUUAGAUUGUUUUGCAGUAAUUUACUUUUGCAGGCUAUUGUUUAAAAAAAAAAAAAAAAUGGUGUGCAUUAUAUUGCAGUGAAUUUGUCAAUAUGAUACUCUACAUCAGUUGCCCAUGGUGACAGCAUCAUUUUGAAUAUCGCCACUCAGGACAAAGUCUGAAUUGCUGUAAGUUAUACCACUUUGUGAUUUGAUUAGUGACCUUCAUCAUAUGUUAGUUAGUCGUCAUCACACCUGACCAAUGAGGUUGCCAAUAAGAGACAAGUAUACAAUAUUCAGAGUUAGGGAAAGUAGGUAUAUGAAUAUAUUAAGCUUUUCUGUUACUUGUAACAAACAUUAAGUUGAACAGACAUGGGUGAAACUGACUUCUGCAUGAUGAGUUUAAAGGCAUUAGAAACUUGUAUCACAGGUUGCAGUGCCUUCUAAGAGGAACUAACUUUGACCUGUUCUUGAUAGGUUAAUGUUUGUUGUUUGUUUGUUUGUUUUUUUGUUUAGUUACCAGGUUGUUAUUUAUUUAGAACAUAGGUUGUAUGGUACACAUUAAGCCUCAUUAAUCUUGUGUAGUGUAGUUUGACCGCUUUUUCGAGCCUUCGUUUUCACUUUGCCCCUAUGCCCUGUGAUGCAUUUCUGUGUCUGACGUUUUCUGACCUUACACUUGACAUCAAUAAUAAAACACAAACUUCAAACUUC